AUGGACAGGACAGGCGAGGCAUCUGAAUCUUUCGGCAUACCCCACACAGACCAGAUACCAACACACGACUGCCUCAAGCGUGACGGGGCCUUAUGCAACCGCUGCAUUCUGGAAAUUGAUGAAUGUAUCAGGCUGCUCGACGAAUCUCAAGCUUUCCUUGAUGCUACAAUGAAGCUGAUUGAAGUGUUUCGUCACACUCUACAAGCAGACAAGGCGUGGACUCACCGGAAGUGA